AAAGUUUUCAUAAAAUAAAAAUUAGUUGCCUCGCCGGCAGAUACAGUGUAAGUAAGUGGCAACUAACAGAGGCCGUUUACUUUAAAAACCACAGCAAACAAGUGUUCGACACAAUCAAACAGAGACACAGUCCGAGGCUCUCCUCUCCUCCUGCUCUUGUUCUCAUGAUAUUUCUUCUGAUUUCAACCCUCCACCAGCCCUAGAAUCCAAAAUCAAACUUCAUUGGUUGUCUCGAAAUCCGUUUUUACCAUCUGGGUCGACAUUGAAAUCUCAAAAGAAAACAUAUUUAAGGCUUGGAUUUGCUGUGGUCCGUACUAGGAUAGGAGGAAGCAAGAAACAAUGGGACAGUGCUGAACCAGUUUUUCUGAGAAUCUGGUUACGAUUUGCAUUCUGGUGUUGGCUUGUGUUAAUGGCGGUUUUGGUUUUCUGCUGGUGUUGACCGUUUAGGAAUUUGGACUCAGUUCUUGGUCAUGGCUCGGCGUCAUGGAUGGGAACUCCCUGCUCACACUUUUCAGGUUGUGGCUAUAACGGUUUUUUUCCUGCUAACUGUUGCAUAUUAUGCCUUCUUCGCUCCCUUUCUCGGAAAGGACAUCUAUGAGUAUGUGGCUAUUGGCGUUUAUUCUAUCUUGGCACUUGCUGUAUUCGUACUUUAUGUUCGGUGUACAGCAAUUGAUCCUGCUGAUCCUGGUAUACUAGUUGAAGCUGACAAGACAUUGUCCUACAAAGCAAACAAUGAUACAGAUACUCCUGGGAAUGCGUCUUUCAAUAAUGGAGGAAAGUUGGAUAGGCAAGGUUCAAGUUGGUGUUCAAAAUUAGGAGGUUUCUUUUGUUGCUGUUUUGUAAGAGAAGAUUGCCGCAAAGAUGAAGAUCUUUUGCAGCAACAGGAACAAUCUGGAGAGGAUGCUCUCUUCUGCACUCUGUGCAAUGCUGAGGUCCGCAAGUUCAGUAAACAUUGUAGAAGUUGUGAUAAAUGUGUUGAUGGAUUUGAUCAUCAUUGUCGGUGGUUGAAUAAUUGUGUGGGGAGGAAAAAUUAUAUCACAUUUGUGUCCCUUAUGGCUGCCAGCCUUGUCUGGCUUAUUGUUGAAUGUGGUGUCGGUAUUACUGUCUUUGUUAGAUGCUUUGUUGAUAAAAAUGGUAUGAAAAGUGAGAUAACUGAGAGGCUGGGAGUUGGCUUCUCCCAGCCCCCCUUUGCCACUGUAGUUGCCCUGUGCACAGCUAUCUCCUUUCUUGCCAUUUUUCCUUUGGGAGAGCUAUUCUUUUUCCACAUAAUUCUGAUUCGAAAGGGCAUCACAACAUAUGAAUAUGUUGUUGCCAUGAGAACACAAAGUGAACAUCCUGGACCAUCUGUAGAUGGAGGUGAUCAGCAAAGUCUUCCAUCUUCACCAACGAGUUCUGCUAUUACUGCCAUAAGUGGAAGAAGCUCUCAUGGAAUGAAUUUGAACUAUAAAGCUGCUUGGUGCACCCCUCCAAGAAUAUUUAUGGACCACCAGGAUGAAAUUAUUCCACAUUUGGAGCCAGGACGCCUGCCAUCCACAGUGGAUCCAGAUACAAUACAGCAGCCUGAUAAGGCAAAAAAGUUACCCCAGCGUCCAGUCCGAAUAAGUGCAUGGAAGCUUUCAAAGUUGGAUUCUAAUGAGGCAACCAAAGCAGGUGCCAAAGCUAGAGCAUCAUCAUCUGUGCUUCGUCCAAUUAGUUCUCGACAUCAACCAUAUGAGGCUGACUAUUUAUCGAGUAGCAAUGUGAGUGGAAGAAGCAGUCCAAUUAGUACAGAUCAGGGGUUCACCAACAGAAAUGCUAGAGCAGGGACGUCAAAAUUGUCUCCUAAGAGUUCAUACCCACCAAGUCGUGCUAGCAGAGAAGAUGUUGAAACGGGCCGUGGCACUCUUAGUAACUUUAGCAGUCCUCAUGUCUCUAGUUUCACCCCUUCGCCACUAGAGCAGAAAGCUUCAAACAUAGAUCAGUUCAACCCCAUUUAUCAGUCAUCAACGGAUCAAUCUCCACGGUCGGCAAAACAAAGUGAGGGCAAUGAAAACGUAGGGCAAAUUCCUAUGAAAAGAGGUAACUUGAGUGUUGCAGAAAAAGUGGGAUCUUCAGUCUUUUGGGAUCAAGAAGCUGGACGAUUUGUCUCAUCUUCCAGAUCUGCUGGUUCCUCUUCUCAGAUUUCUGGAGCAGAGCUCACGUACACGGGGCAAUCCAUAUUUUUUGGUGGGCCUGUUAUGAAUGAGCAGCCAACCAGAGGGACAAGGAAUAUCAUCAGUUCAUUGGCUUCUGGCAUGGAUAGAGGUUCUACUACAUUUCAACAAGGUAGAUCCCAGAGGGGUGGCCAGCUUCCCGUGUUUCUUCCAAGCGAUUCCCAGCAAAACCAGUUUUCUUCUAGAUUGAUUUGAGUAUAUUAUAUUAAUGAGAAAUACUGAUCACCAUUUUCAUGCAUAUAGAGUUGGACCCGGGAUGUUUCUUUCAGUUUGAAUUCUGUUACAAAACAUCAUCAUGUGCAGAGUUUGUAUCAUGUUUUACUAACUAACCCAAUACAUUGCUCUGCCUGAUCAGCAUUUUUCA